AGUACUUCGUAUUUCGUCACGCUGACAACAGCCCCGCCUCUCCCACUCCUUGGUUACACAGUUGAGAAUGGAUAGGAAAUGUAUGAUGAACCACCAUACUUAUUGUUACUUACUUAUUGUGUUGGUAGCAAAGUUUUUAUUGCAGAUAUUUUCUUUUCCUUAGUCCUUCGGUUUUGGCCCACGACACCAGUUGUUUAUAUGAGCCUAUAUCCAUAGGUAACAUCGAUAAAGAUAAUCGACUGUCGUGACUGAUACAGUAACCUUCAUUUUGCGCCCAUGUUUGUAGAAAAUAUCGUUAAACUUAGCUGAUUUCUCUGAACUGGUAUUUGAAAUGUUACAUUACCAAGAAGCAAUAAAUAAAAAGUAUGGUUAUUCUAGAAAGGAUGCAACAAGUAAAACCAUUACAUUGCUGUCUCCAUCAUCCUUUACUGUGUUGCCUUGGUACCCAACAAGCAAUAAAAAUGACAAACUUACAUCAUCAAUGGAAAUUAAAGCCAAAAGUCAUCAUAUUAUACAUACAAAAAUUAUUCAUUCUGGAACAAUCUGUAACUCAACAGAGUCCAGAGUUCCUAACGUAAGUGUCACUGUUUUGAAGAACUUGCCAGAUUUUGUCAAAAGCAAACAGUUUCUGACAAUAAUACAAACUGGUCCACAUAAAUAUGACAGAGUUCAAAUGGAGAAACAUCCAUAUGAGAGAGAAUUAUUGUUUAAUCUGGAAAUAAAUGAGUUUUGCAUGCACAGACAUGCACCUUAUCUAAAUACCUGGGGUGCUGGAGAGUCAGCAAGCAAUAUUUAUGCUGAUCACUUACAGCGGGCAUUCGUAAAAGCCGAUACCGCGGUUAUAUCCACAAUGAUCAAGUUCCUUAAAAACUGUAAUAGUGCGAUAAACAGUCAUCACGUACAUGACACUGGCUCAAGUACAACAUACAAAAUGUUGUGUGUUUCAAACAGCAACAUGGCAAGUGCCUCUGAGAAUCAUGGUGAACAAAGUGAUUAUCAUAUCAGUGAUUUAGAAGAAGAUAAAACUGUCAGCAAAAUUGAUCUGUCAGUAACUCGGCAAACAAAAUACUUGCAUGCAAGUAACAUCCUCUGGUAUUCCUUGCCUGUUGUUCUUUUUAAUGAAGAAAUGCCAUUGUAUACUGAUAACAUAAGUUUGUUUAAUACAUCAUAUUCAUGGCUGGAAGGUGAGAAAAGUCAAGUACUAGAAACAUACAAUGCAAUCUGUAAAAACAGACAUAUUCAGUCUGCAUGUAUCGCAAACAGCAUUUCAAGUUGCUCCAACAAGCAUUCAAGCAUGUUAGCCGAAUGCAUAUCUUUCGAUGACAGUAGUAGGAAGGUCAGUUCAGUUAAAAUCUGGGAAUAUUCUGAUGACAGAAAGGUAAUUAAUAAAAAUAAUGAACCCUUUACAUCAAGUGUUGUGCUACAUGAAGAUGAUGUCACAAUAGAAAGUGAGGCGUCAACAAGUUUGGAGGAACACGGUCUUGAUACAGAUGGAAGAGAACUAUCAGACAUUGAAAUGCAGAAGAAAACAAUGGAUGCUGAUUCAGUGUACCAUUUACGUGAUUUUACAAGAGACAGUACAGAUGAAACUGGUUUUGGAGGACAUCCCAUAAUAAAGUUCCAUAAAUUACAGAGCUUGUCUCAACCAUCCUUACCUACAUAUUGGCUUGACAGUAGCACAGAUGACGAACCUGAUGAUGGAAGUGACAGUCUCAGUGAGACUUUCACAGAAUGUGAAGACAUUCACCAGGAAAAUAUACCGAAACUGCUGGGGGCUGUCACAGAAGUUAAUAAGGGAAAAGAGGACACAGAGACAAUGCCUCAUGACACGCUUAACGCAGUUCCUUAUGAAACUGCUGAAGAAGAAACAGUACUUAUUGACUCUAACAAAAAUGUGCACACAAUUGAGUCAGGCCAUUUGGUUAUUAACACUAAAUCAAAUGUAAAUACUUGUUUUAAUGAACUCUGUAAUAAAUUACAUAAUUUUCACUCAAAAAAUAAUCUGAUAUUUUAUGAAGAAACGAAACUGUUGAAUUCACCAUCAUUUGACAUGAAUGGUGGUAAUAAUGCCCAUGUAGUUCCAUUUGGAACUAUUCGGGAUUCAGAUAUUUGGUACAGAGAAAAUGCCCUUGAAUUGGAAUCUGAAAUCAGCCAAAAUAUAAAUGGAAAUGAAGAUCAAGUCAAUGAAAGAAAUGAAAAACAGAAUCCCUUGCUCUCACUACCCAACAGUGAAAAAAUAUUCAGUGUUGAUACAAUAAUUCCAGAUGGAAACGCACAAUUCAAAGUUCAGAUCCUGUCAGAUAAUGCUAAUCCACAGAACAGGCCCAAAACUAAGAAGACACAUACAGAAGAGAGAUACUAUUCUCAUCCCAUACUUUCAGCAUGUGAUAGUAAUUAUGCCCAUGGUGAAAAUGUUCAAAACAAAGUAUGUGCACUAACUUUACCAAGUAAUACUAAUACAAGCAAAAGCCAGGUGGAUGUACCUACAUCACAGACACAUGGGGCACAGGAAGAAAUCUAUGACCUUACUGAAGCUAAUAGCAAAAUUCAUAACAGAUAUAAACCUCAUAUGAAAAGGGGCAAUAUAUCAAGUCCAAAAUACAUAUCUGCACAAAAAUCACAAAUUUUCACAAGAUCAGUUUCACCAGAUGACGUUUGUAGCAGUGAUGUAAAUCAACAUCUACCUGGUCAGAAUGAACAAGCCGUUUUUUAUAAUUCAGCUUCAAAGUCUGUAUCAGAUUGUUGGGAAGUAAAUAAUCAAACACAACAAGUAUCUUGUCCUGGUAUACAGAAUAACUACAGUCACAAUCAAAUGGCUCAAGUUCAUAACAGACAUCUAGAAGACACUCUGCAUUCAUGUGUGGACAUGGCUAUUAAAAAGUAUGAAAAUGACAUAUCAUGUUAUACAGAGGCAAAACCAACACGAGAUGUUACAGUACAAACAAAUAUAAGAAGCUUCAGCAACUUGUGGAAUAAGAAUUAUUGUUUCUUGUGUUUCAACAAUUACAAUCAAUUUAAUAAUAAUGGUUUGAAAGAUGGAAACCAUCAGAAUUUAGCUUUGAAGAGAAACAUUGAAGCUCUCUACCUGGAGUCUGUUUCUGUACACAAGAAAGCAAGACAUACCACAAGACUUGGACGCAUCAACAUUCCUCCGAGUAUUUGACAUCCUUAAACGAAGGGGGCACUACUGGAAGAAUUCUUCUUGUGGCACUUAUGAGGGUCUGCACAACUACACAAGACGUUAUGUUCCAUUAUCAACUGGCAUCAAUACUUGGAGGAUGAUUCUUUCCAUUGGAUUCUAGCUUAAUCAUCAUGCUCAUAUUACAAGAAUUAUGGAAAUAAUGAAGAAGGCUGGCAAAUGUACUAAUAACUUGAAGGUUCAGGAGUCACUGAUACAAGAGAAUCUUAGUUUACAAAGGAGCAUGCAAAUCAUGCAUAGAAUACGAAGAGGAAAACUUAAUACAGAUUCACAUCUACAACACUUUAUUUUUUAUAUAAAG